AUGUUCACCUAUCAGAAAGCGGCAUUUCAGAUCAAUAACCAGACUCAACUGCUGUCAGGUAGAGAUAAAAGAAAAACUGACAGGGUCAAGUUGCCAAGAGGGCGCGAAGAAAGCGGUGAAGAGGGCGGCAGGAGGAGGAAGCGGUCCAGGAAAGAAAGUUUUGUCAUCUACAUCUACAAAGUGAUGAAGCAGGUUCACCCCGACACCGGCAUCUCCUCCAAGGCCAUGAGCAUCAUGAACUCGUUCGUCAACGAUAUUUUCGAGCGCAUCGCGGGGGAGGCUUCCCGCCUGGCCCAUUACAACAAGCGCAGCACCAUCAGCUCCCGGGAGAUCCAGACCGCCGUGCGGCUGCUGCUGCCCGGGGAGCUGGCCAAGCACGCCGUGUCGGAGGGCACAAAGGCGGUGACCAAGUACACCAGCUCCAAGUGAAGGACCGCACUGCACUGAAACAAACACAUC